AAAGCCACCCAGACUUUGAAGCAACAGUAUACAAAACAUGACACGAGAACAAUACAUACUAGCAACACAACAGAAUAACCUGCCAAGGGCUGAGAAUGCGCAGCUGUACCCAGUGGGAAUCUAUGGAUGGCGAAAGAGGUGCUUGUACUUCUUUGUCCUUGUGCUGCUGGUCACCAUGAUCGUUAACUUAGCCAUGACAGUAUGGAUACUGAAAGUAAUGAAUUUCACUGUGGAUGGUAUGGGAAAUCUGAGAGUCACCAAGAAGGGAAUCCGACUUGAAGGUAUAUCUGAGUUUCUACUUCCAUUGUAUGUGAAAGAAAUUCAUUCCCGAAAGGAUAGUCCACUGGUCUUACAGUCUGACAGGAAUGUAACAGUGAAUGCGAGAAAUCACAUGGGGCAGUUAACUGGACAGCUGACAGUAGGAGCUGAUGCUGUGGAAGCUCAGUGUAAAAGAUUUGAAGUGAGAGCGAGUGAAGAUGGCAGGGUGCUGUUUUCUGCAGAUGAAGAUGAGAUUACCAUUGGGGCUGAAAAGCUGAAAGUUACAGGCACUGAAGGAGCAGUCUUUGGGCACUCUGUGGAGACACCUCACAUAAGAGCUGAACCUUCCCAAGACCUCAGGCUUGAAUCACCCACCAGGUCCUUGAUCAUGGAAGCUCCCCGAGGGGUCCAGGUGCACGCUGCUGCAGGCGACUUCAAGGCCACCUGCAGGAAGGAGCUCCAUUUGCAGUCUACGGAGGGGGAGAUAUUUUUGAACGCGGAUACCAUCCGGCUGGGAAGUCUGCCGACCGGCUCCUUCUCGUCGUCACCCAGCUCUUCGCACGCCCGCCAGACAGUGUACGAACUGUGCGUCUGCCCCAACGGCAAACUGUACCUUUCUCCGGCAGGGGUAGGUUCCACCUGUCAGUCCAGCAGCAACAUCUGCUUGUGGAGCUGAAGGGACUGAUUUCUCCUCACACCAGAAUAGCCUUUUGUUCCUGUCUGUCUGCUUCACAGUUCUGCUCGGUUUCCCUUGUGAUCAGUCCAGAGCUUCUUCAAAUGGUCCCCAGGGCCACUUCCUCCACUAAGCAGGGAUCGCCUCCACCUCCUCGUGUGAUUCACUGUACUGCUCCACAGAGUGGCCGCACAGUGCGAAACUCAUCUUCGGCAGGAAAACUGGAUCACAACGUUUGCUCAAAAGGGAGAGUAACAUAGGUGCCUUUGCUACAUGAAGUGAAGCACACAGUUUUAGAUUUUUGCAGGACCUGGAUAUGAACUGCACAUAUAUCCAUUACAUAGAUGAAAUUCCCAGUGUCCAAUGGCAAGAUGAAACGGUUAACCCUGUAAGAAAACUCAUCCUACAGUCUGAAAGCACAAUUUUCCAUUCAUCUUUUUGGAUGUAAACUUUUUUUCCCUGAAUUUUAAAAUUUUAAAGCAUUAUGUAAUGCUUGCUUUACUAAAAAUUCAAUUCGAUACAUGGUUUUUAGCAAAACAAGACA